AUGAUAAGAAGCGCCCCGCCGGCCUGCAUCCGUUUCAGUCCUCUAAGCUCUGAAAUGGCGACGGGCUCUCUCCUGGCCGCCCUUCUCGGGCGAGCCCGUCAUGGAAAUCCCAUGGCUCCAUGCUUCGGGACCGUCCCCUUCGCUCGUUUCGAAAGCCCGAGGCCCUUCUUCUCCGGCCCCUCGAGGGCCGAAGCCGUCGCCAUCGAGGAGGAGCCCGCCGCGCGGCCGGAAGAUCUGAGGAGCCGCCUCUUCCGGCUCCGGUUCCCCAAGCGGAGCGCGACGGUUGUCCUCGACAAGUGGGUUGGCGAAGGGAGGAAGGUCACGGCCUCGGAGCUCCGCCAGAUCGCCAAGGACUUGAAGCGAUCGCAGCGCUAUAAGCAUGCCCUGGAGAUUUUAACAUGGAUGGGCUCUUGGGAUAAUUUCCACCCGUCCUCAGCUGAUCAUGCUGCCAGACUGGAGCUGAUUACCAAAGUCCAUAGUAUAGUUGAGGCUGAGUUAUACUUUGAGAAAUUAUCAGACAGUACUUCAAGGAGGGUUGCAUCCUUCCCUCUUCUUCAUCAUUAUGUGAAGGAAAGGAAUUUAGAGAAAGCUGAGGCUCUCAUGUCAAUGCUGCUGAAUUUGGGGCUUGUUGUGGAUCCUCACCCUUUCAAUGAGAUGAUGAAGCUGUACAUGGCCACAGGUCAAUGUAAAAAGGUCCUUGCUGUGAUCCAGCACAUGAAACGCUGCAAGAUCCCUUGUAAUGUUCUUUCAUACAAUCUAUGGUUGAAUGCCUCUGGUGAGCUGUCCGGUGUUGCUGUCGUAGAGAUGGUGCAUGCGGAGAUGAUGAAUGACCAGAAUGUUGAGGUGGGUUGGAGCACAUACUCAACAUUAGCCAAUAUCUACACAAAGUCUGGUCUCCUUGACAAAGCAUCCGCUGCUCUUAGAACAGCAGAGGACAAGCUCUCUGUGAGGAAGCGUCUUGGCUAUUCUUUUAUCAUGACAAAUUAUGCUGCUCUGGGAGACAGGGAUGGAAUUCUCAGGCUCUGGGAAUCCAGUAAAAGAGUACCAGGGAGGAUUACUUGUGUAAAUUACAUGUCUGUAUUGUUAUGUUUGAUCAAAGUUGGUGACAUUCAAGAGGCUGAGAAGGUAUUCAAGACAUGGGAAAUGGAGUGCAGGAAGUAUGAUAUUCGGGUCUCCAAUGUCCUUCUAGGUGCUUACAUGAGAAAUGGAUGGAUGGACAAGGCUGAGUUAUUGCAUCACCAUACUUUGGAGGAAGGUGGCUGCCCAAACUACAAAACAUGGGAAAUUCUGAUGGAGGGUUGGGUGAAAUGCAAUCAGAUGGAUAAAGCUGUGGAGGCCAUGAAGAAAGGCUUCUCCAUGUUGAAAGCUUGUGAUUGGAAACCCCCUUCUGAUAUUUUGGUGGUCAUAGCCAAAUAUUUUGAGGAGCAGGGCAAUAUUCAGGAAACAGAGAGGUAUGUGAAAGUUCUUCGCCGUUUACGACUCAUGAGUUUGCCAUUAUACAAGUCUUAUCUGAGGGCAUGCAUAAAUGCUAAAAGAGCUGCUCCCAAUAUCCUAGAGAAAAUGGCAAGAGAUGGAAUUAGCUUGGAUGUGGAGACUGGGGAACUUAUUCAACAUGUCAGCAAAUUUGAUGAUAUCAAUGCUUAUAAUGAUUUUUAUUUAUGGUAAGGAGAUUCAUGAUCUUAUUUGGGUUGGAGUUGGCUACAAGCUCCAUGACACAUUUCCAAGACUGGAAAAUAUUCUGCAAAUUAGUUUUACUGUAUCCUCCAUUCUGCGGGCUUACAAAAUAUCUGCUUUUCUGGAAGAAAGAAGUGAGGUCUCAUAUUAUUUUGGAAAACCUACGGCUAUUCACAUUAUGAUAAAGCUUAUUCAUCUGGAGGAAAUUGUUCAGCAGUAACUCCAAGGAGUUCUUCAUCAAACAUUCUGUAGAUUAAUCUGGAGGAGAAAAUUUUUAUGUAUAAAUUGCCCAGCAUUAGCAUACUGAAAGUGUUGAGCUGUCUCUAAGCAGACAUAGCGGAUAAGACAUUCUCUCGGAUGGCCCUCAUAUGUGCCAUGACUUUUUCUUGAGGGGGCAUGGUUUCUUUCACCAUGUUGUGAUCCAGGAGGUCUUUGAUCCAGGCACUGAUCAGAGGCAGGUCCUCUUCAUUGAUGAUCUUGAUUCCAAUGAUCUCUUCAAUCAUUCCAAGCCAAGAUGGCAUCCAACCUGCAAUGAUGUCUACAAACCCUAUUGUUUCACCUCCAAAAAAUUUCUUUUCCU